UCCGAGAGUAACGUGUGGUAACUCAGUAUGCCACGCUGUCGUAAAGAAAAAAAGAUUCCUUACAGGACUGAUGAUAUGGUACAAAACGUUAGAAGUUCUUUUAUUAGAGAAGGAGAAAAUAACUUGCGCAAUUACUCGGAACCUGUUGACGAUCGCAUGAAACAGGUGUUUUACAGAGGUGUGCCAGAAAAUGUUAUGAAAGAACAAAUACAUGGACAACGUUUCUAUAGAGGACAGCCAACUGAGGGUCAAAACAUGAAUAAUUAUAUGGAUGCGUAUGAUCGUAUGAAACCGUCAAAUAUGUACAACGACAUGUCAAAUAAAGCAAGGUCGUAUUCAAAAUGGAAUGAUUAUGAUCGCUCGCGUCCAAUCGAUUCGUACAGUAGAAAUAUUCGAGACGGAUUUGAGCCACGAAACGCCUCUCCAUACGCAAAGAAUUUAAUGGGUGAUUUACCAACAACAAGAAAUAUUCGAGACGGAUUUGAACCACGAAACACUUCUCCAUACUCAAGGAAUUUAAUGGGUGAUUUACCAACAACAAGAAAUAUUCGAGAUGGAUUCGAACCACGAAAUGCCUCUUCAUACUCAAGGAAUUUAAUGGGUGAUUUACCAGUACCUAGAAGCACUCAUACUGCACAUGAACCGCGCCGCUUAUCGCCAUAUGCCAGUCGUCCAAAUAAUUUAAUGGGAGAUUUGCCGGACGUUCAACAUAAUCGGGAAACUUAUGAACCUCACUAUAUUCCUGUGAAAUUAAAUCGUUCAAAUAAUUUAAUGAAUAAUGUGUCAGAACCUAGAACUAUUCGAGACGGAUUCGAACCACGAAACGCCUCUUCAUACUCAGGGAAUUUAAUGGGUGAUUUACCAGUACCUAGUUCUGUUUCUAGUAAUGGGAACACAUAUUCGUACUCUAUUCCACAACGUCCUAAUUUGAAAAUAGUUCGCGAAGAGGAUACAUUUAACAGAUAUAUGGAUUAGAAUAAAACAUGACAUUCAUUUCAUCACUUUGACAAAUACACUGGAAAUAAUAGUGAUUUGAAACAAAUAACACAGUAGUAUCAUAAAAUUAUGGAUAAACUAUAUAUGAGUGUAGACAAAUUAUUUUUUAAGAAUAUUUAAUAUUUUUUAGUUAUAUGUAAAAUAAGAUUUUAAUUUAAUCAUUUAUUUGUAUUUUGUUUUAAAUAUAGAAAAAUAUUUAAUA